GCCGCCUCCCGCCCCCUUCCCCAAAUCCCCGCCGCCGCCCCCCCGGCCCGAGGCGGCGGGGCGGGCGGCGGGGCGGGGGCGGCGCGGGGCGGCCGGUGGUGCGGCGGCCGCGGCUGGUUGCGGGGCGCAGAGCGUACCAUCUGCGGCGCCCCCCCCCGCGCACUGCGGAGAAUCUGUGCACGGCAAUAGCGGCCAGAUAAUAACAAUAUUAUUAGAGCCUGGAACCGAUAUAUUAUAGACACAUAAAAAAAACCCCACCAUGUCGGUUGCCUUUGCUUCUGCUCGCCCAAGAGGCAAAGGGGAGGUCACCCAGCAAACUAUCCAGAAGAUGCUAGAUGAAAAUCACCACCUAAUACAAUGUAUUAUGGAUUAUCAGAGCAAGGGGAAAACUGCAGAAUGUACUCAAUACCAACAAAUCUUGCACAGAAACCUGGUUUACUUGGCAACAAUAGCAGAUUCUAACCAGAAUAUGCAGUCCUUGCUUCCUGCCCCACCAACGCAAAACAUAAACUUGGGCCCAGGAGGAAUGACUCAGAGUGCAUCCAGCCAAUCUCUCCAUUCACAGAGCAAUCUCAGCGAUGCAAUUGGGACGGGCCUUCCUCCUUCCUCCCUCAUGCAGAGUCAGAUUAGCAAUGGUCCUAAUCACGUGUCUAUGCAGCAGUCAGGCCAGAACACUAUGCCCACGACCUCUCUGAGUAUGACUGUCAGCAGUCAUGGAACUGGGCCUGGUUAUAGCCAUACAGUGCCUGCAUCUCAGAAUGUGCCAAUGCAAGGCCAGGGGUCAAUAGGCAAUUAUGUCUCUCGAACAAACAUCAACAUGCAGUCUAAUCCAGUCUCCAUGAUGCACCAGCAAGCAGCAACGUCGCAUUACAACUCGGCGCAAGGAGGGAGCCAGCAUUACCAGGGGCAGUCCUCCAUUGCCAUGAUGAGUCAGAGCAACCAAGGCAACAGCAUGAUGGGUCAGCGACCAAUGGGCCCCUACAGAGCUUCACAGCAAGGUUCCUCGCAGCAGUACAUGGGUCAGGAAGAAUAUUACAGUGAACAGUACAGUCAUGGACAAGGCUCAUCAGAGCCUAUGAAUCAGCAAUAUUAUCCAGACGGACAUGGUGAUUACGCCUAUCAGCAGUCAUCCUACACUGAGCAGAGCUAUGACAGGUCAUUUGAUGACUCUACACAACACUAUUAUGAAGGAGGAAAUUCUCAGUACAGCCAGCAGCAGGCAGGAUACCAGCAGGGAGCUGCACAACAGCAAACAUAUUCCCAGCAGCAAUACCCAAAUCAACAAAGUUACCCAGGACAGCAGCAAGGAUACGGUCCUGCGCAAGGAGCCUCGUCACAGUACUCCAGCUACCAACAGGGGCAGGGGCAGCAAUAUGGAAGUUACAGAGCUUCUCAGACAGGCCCAUCUGCUCAGCAACAGAGGCCUUACGGCUACGAGCAGGGACAAUAUGGAAAUUACCAGCAAUAAAAGAAUACGAUCCUGUGUCCAAUUCAUUUCAAUAGUAUCUCCAUCUUUUGAACUGGAUGUACAGGCAGUUUUGAUUAAUUGUAAUAUGUUGGUUACCCCUUAGCACAAAGCAGCGUCUGUAUGUGAACAGUGUUCAUUUCAUGCUGGAUAUGAAGCAGUGCACUACUGGUAACAAGACAAUGCUUUAAUGGUUUGAUAUUUGGUGCUGUGUAUAGUACUGUAUGUUGAUACAAUGCAGAAGUUUUUCAUUUAUCCCCUCCCCAUUCUUGAUGUUUCUAAAUAGCUUUAGGAUCAUUUGAUCACAGUUGUGCCCCGUUCUGGAAAACAGCCAGGUUAUCCUGCAGUCUGGCUCAAUACCAAGCCAUGCAGUCAUAUCUCAGUCCAGGGAGGUCCCUGUGGUAGGUUACUGAUCUUUUUUUAACUGAAUGCAUUGAAGAUUACCUGCCAGCUUCUGAAAUCCAUGGCUGUUAACUGUACUUAAGAAUAAGGGGAUGGAUACAUUCCUUAUGUGAAGACAGUUCUAUGCUGUAUGAUAAAAAUAAAAUUAACUGCAACUUCUGCAAUACCUACCAGGGCUAACUACCCAAGCCUUAGAAUUCAAUAAUCUGCAUAAGCCCACGUUUCCGUUGUAAAAGGUACAGAAAGAGGUUCAAAACCCAUAUUCAAGGAAAUGUUAAUCACUAGAGGCACUUUUUAUACAUCCACGUGAACUAAGGUAUUUCUAUUGUGGAAAGAAAAAUAGAAGGGAGCUCUGAGAUCUGCAGUGUCAGCCUACUAGACGUCAAUAUUGCUUCAUGUUGUGCUCAGCUGAGAAAAACAUCUGGCAAAACUUCAGUCUUAAAUAUGCUACUCCAAAUUUUGUAACUUGAAUAUAUAUUUUCAUGCCAAAUUUUGCAAGCAGGUAGCUGGCAUCCUUCUUUAUUUCUGAUUCUUCCAUUGCCCUUGCUUAGAUUUUCCAGCAAGCAUUAUAACCAUUGUCAAAUCUUUUGGUCGACUGUUCUUACAACUCAUCACUUUUAUUUUUCUCUUGUAGCUUGACAGAAAUAGUUCAGAAGAAAAAAAAAAUCCAUCUUUAAUGCAGAUAAGCUACUAAAUUCAGCUUUGUGAAACAAUAUUAUGCAUAUAGAGAGGGGAACUAUUAAUGGGGUCAGCCAGUGAGAGAAUACCUAUAGAGGGAGAAUUUAGAAAUAAAAUCUAGUGGUAUGUAAAAGCCAGUAUGAACAAUGUAAGUCACUUCUAUUCAGUUUUAUAUGUUCCUAUAAAGUGUUGAAAAAACACACUUUUAUAAGUGCUGAACAAAAUACCAUGUCCAAACUUCUCUGAGGCAAAAGGCUAGGCUGACUAUACUCCAUGAGCAUUUUUUAAUAUGAGAUUAAUUGCAAAUUUACAGUAUAAACACACCCUCUGUAGGAUUUUCUCCUUUUCUUUGUCUGAACUUGUGUAUUUAUGGGAUUUCAAGUUCUAGUACCUUGUAUUUUCAAAAACCAAGACCACAAGGAAAAUAAAACGUCUCUCCAUUCAUUACCUGUUUUUUUUUCCUGUAGAGGAAAGUCUUUAACUGGACAGCUGAAGAGUUUACGAAGUUGUCCAAGCACUGCCCUUCCUACAGUAAUAAUUUUAAUUACUGAUAAAAUAGAAGACUUUUUUCAGUCAGUCCGCAUUUCUCUCAUCUUUCCUGCUGGUGUUUUCACACAAAUAAGUACUCUCGAAUAGCAAGGAACAGAAAAGAAGUAAGAUUGUUUUCUUUACAAUAUAUUAAUAUUACAGGUAGCCAGAAGAAUGCAAUAUUGCUCUUUGCCAGCUUGGAAAUAUGCCUUUUGUGUGGUUUUUGAAAGUGCUGAAAUACUUCUGGGAGAAUUUGAACAACACUUAAAAUGAAACAGCAACAUUACAUCAAUCUGAAAUGUCUUACAUUAAGAACUUCUUGAAUGUUGUGUAUAUAAUGUAUUUGAAAGAGCACUUUGGAAAUAGUUUGUACAUUUAUUUCCUAAUUUAUACAUGAUUUUUGGUGUUAAUAUUUCUAACUGUUAAUAACAAAAUGUUUAUUUAAUGUGUUGUCCAUUUUUAUGUAUUAAUGUGGAAACAAAGUGAUGCCAGCAUUUUGACUUA